AUGAUUUGCGGUCAAGAUACAGAUGGAGGUGGUAAUGUACAAAGUGGUUGCGGUGCUGCGUUUAACUGGUCACAAGCAUCUGCUUAUCGAGCAUCGCUAAAUGAACAACCCAAUUUCGAGAAGUUUAUUCGCGAAGCGCCUAGACGUGGACGAUCGUACGAUGAUCAGUUAAAUUGUGGCUAUAUCUACAGUUGUGAUUCCUGUAAACAGGAUGUUGAUACAUUUCUAUUUUCUUGUAUACACUGUCGAAGCGUAAGUUAUUGUGAAAAAUGUGAGCAGAACAAUACGCUAAGGCAUCAUCAACAAUAUCCAGAUCACAUCUUCAAAUUAACUACACCAUAUAAAAAUAAAUCUUAG